AUGGCCCACCUGCGAGGAGGGUCCCUAGGCCAGAGGGUGAGGUACGGGCUGGUGGGGCUGGAGGACAAGGACCUCGAGCAGCAGGCCACAUGGGGGCUCAGGAGCAUAAUUGGCCAGUCGAAGUCCGCCAAGGACGUCAAGAGCAUCAUCAAAGAUCUCCUUACGGGGCUUGAUAGUGCAAGUGCAUCUGCACGGCGCCAUCGGUACCUACUUACAGGCUAUGCUGUGGAGGGUUGCCCAGCAGAAACGGUGCCACACAUCGUCCCACUCGUCAUGUCUAAAGUGAAUCGUCAGCUUGGUGAAGAGAAACAGCAGCCUGUAAUUCAGGCAGUUGUCCAGAUGGUCGAGCAGUCCGUUGAGAGAUUGAUGCUUCGCAUGGUGGAGGUGAUGGAUGGAGAGACCGAUGGCUCAAGCGAGUUUUCGAAUGAGUGGCUCACCAACACACUUGUCCAAGGCCUCAUAAGAGCAGCAGCAAAGUCACCAGACAAGAACAAGGUCGUCAUGGCCUUUGCUGUGCUGCAUGGUGUCCUUUCAGCACUUCGGGAUUGGACCCAUGUUCCUGGAGUUGUACCAACAGUUCUCUAUUGCUUCAAGCAUGUGGUUCAGGCCAUGCUGCAGGGUGAGCUGCUCAGCUGA